UAAAGCAUAUUUCUUGUUCUGUUUUUGCUCUUGCGUAGAGCUUUUAAGUCACUGUCAGUUAGUAAAAAUAACAUGUAAAAUAACAGAAGACUACAGACGGAUAAGUGUUUUAAUGGCCAUAAAUAGCAUUAUGAUAAGUUCAGUUUUAUAUAUAAACAAGUGUUGAUUUAUUGUCCAUUUUGUAAGGUGAUCAAAUAAAGCCCGUUCGCGAGUAUUAUAAAAUAUGAUUAGCCUAAUAUUUAGGAGUCUAAAUUUUGCUAGUGUUAAUUAAAUACACGCCUAAUUUUGAUAGAGCUACACAGCCCAUUAUAUAAAAGUUAUGGAUGAGAAUCUAAGCCGAGGAUACAUCCAGCUGGGAAAAGCUCGUGGUGGAAAUGAUUUUAGAUUUACAAAUGGAUUUAGCCACCUUUCACCUCCAAUUGACAAGUGCAAUUGUAUUUAUCUUGCUCUCGUGUUAGCUGGUGUUGGAUUCCUUCUUCCAUAUAACAGUUUCAUCAUAGCAGUGGAUUAUUUCCAAGCGAGGUACCCCGGCACUACCAUAGUGUUCGACAUGUCUCUCGUCUACAUUGUGAUGGCGUUCUUCGCAGUGCUUGCCAACAAUGUCCUGGUGGAAACACUUUCUCUCAACACAAGAAUAACAUUUGGUUACCUUGUGUCGUUUAUCACGCUUCUUUUUGUGGCUACCUGUGAGAUCUGGUGGGAAAUAUUUGGGGCGGCCACUUCUUACACCAUCAACCUAGUAGCAGUGGCUGUCGUCUCACUGGGAUGUACAGUCCAGCAGUCCAGUUUCUAUGGCUACACCAGCAUGCUGCCCAGCAGAUAUACUCAGGCUGUCAUGGCGGGGGAAAGUGCAGCCGGCUUCCUGGUCUCCAGCAACCGCAUCCUGACCAAGCUGCUGCUGGACGACCAGCGCAUCAACACCAUCUUCUUCUUCGUGAUGUCGGUGAUGAUCGUGGCGCUGUGCUUCUGCCUGCACCAGGUGGUGCGUAAGACCGACUUUGUGCAGUUCUACAUCACGCUGUGCCGGGAGUCGCGCAAGAUCGUGCUGGAGCCCACCGAGGACGUGGGGCUGAUGGACCCCACGGAGCAAGGGGAGGGCGGCACCAAGAACCAGUACGGCAUGCUGAAGCUGCAGCAGAGCCCCCUGGCGACGGACUCGGCCACGAGCAGCUCGGAGAACAACGCGGCGGCUGGUGCCGGCACCCAGUUCUCUCCGUUCAGCUUCUCGAACCCUGUGUACGAGCCCACGGCGACCAGCGUUCCCAGCACGGGGCCCACCUACAAGGUGGAGGAUGUGGUGGUCCGCAUGCGCAGCAACUACGGGACGUCCCAGGCCAAGGCCUGGGGGGGCUUGAGAAGGGGCCUGGUAGCUCGCUGGGAGGUGGCCAAGACUGUCUGGCCAUACAUGCUGUCCAUCGGCCUGGCGUAUUGUGUGACCUUGUCCCUGUACCCGGGCAUCGAGUCAGAGAUCGUCAGCUGCAAGUUCGGCAACUGGAUGCCCGUCAUCCUCAUGGCCAUGUUCAACGCGGCGGACCUGGUGGGCAAGAUUCUGGCGUCGGUGCCGUACGACUGGUCGCGCGCCCAACUCAUCAUGUUUGCGUGGCUGCGCACGCUGCUCAUCCCGCUGAUGCUGCUGUGCGCGAUGCCACGCGGCAACCCGCUCAUCCCACGUGAGGGCUACCCCAUGCUCUUCUCCAUCCUGCUGGGGGUGAGCAACGGCUUGGUGGGCAGCGUUCCCAUGAUCCAGGCGCCCAGCCGCGUGCCCGAGGAGCACCGCGAGCUCACUGGAAACAUAAUGACACUUUCAUACAACAUGGGGCUGACCACUGGCUCGCUGGUGGCGUACUUGCUGGACUCCCUUCUGGGGCCACCGCUCCUCUUCAACGGCUGCGUGAAGCCCACCGCGGCCCGUGCGCCGACCCAGAGCACCGCGGCGCUCACCUUGGCCGCCCUCACCACGGCCAGGAGCCCCAGCCUCCGCCCGCCCACCGCGGCCGUCCCGACGAACACGACCCUCUUGCUGGCCUCGACGGUGCUCGCCACCCUGGCUGGGUCCGAGCUCCCGACGCUGCCCUCCGUCGCAGAUGUCUCCGCCACCGUCGCGGCAGGGCUGCUCAACGUCACCCUGUUGGAGCAGUAGGCCCCGUUCGUCUGCCGGGGCUCUCGCGGCCUUCGAAUCUCGGCCAUGGGCAUCCUUGAUGCCCCUCACACCACCACUGAGAAUGAAAAGGUGUUCAUAAAUGCAAAACUAUAUUCCUUUUUAGUGAAAUUUUAAUUUCCAUUGAAAUUUCACUGUCAAAGCAAUCCUAUGAUUUAAUUUAGGAUCCAAGCAUUUAAUAUUUGUUAAUUUUAGAAAAGUAUUACUCAUUUUAUGCUCUCAAAAAUUGGUUCAAGUGUUUUUUUAAAGGAAAUCUUGCCUCAACACAA